AUGGCUAGUAGAAAUAGAAAUGGACAACAGUUAAAUCAACUCAGUCGCCCUGAAGGAAUCUUUGUUGAUAAACAGAAAAAUAUUUUCAUCGCUGAUUUUGAAAAUGAACGUAUUGUUGAAUGGAAAUGUAAUGAAAAAGAAGGACAAAUCGUUGCAGGUGGAAACAAAAAAGGAAAUGGAAUGAAUCAAUUGAGUUGUCCAACUGAUGUGAUUGUUGAUCAACAAGAUCAGUCGAUUAUCAUUGCUGAUCGUUGGAACAGACGAGUGAUUCGAUGGUUGAAUCAAAAUCAACAUAUUCUCAUCAAGAAUAUCGACUGUUUUGGCUUGACAAUGGAUAAACAUAGAUUUCUUUAUGUUUCUAAUUGUAAGAAGAAUCUAGUGAGACGAUGGAAAAUGGGAGAAUACAACAACGAUGGAGUUAUAGUGGCAGGUGGAAAUAGAAAAGGAAAUCAACUUAAUCAACUCAAUUCUCCUACUUUCAUCUUUGUUGAUGAAGAACAAUCUGUUUAUAUAUCGGACCAAGAGAAUCAUCGUGUAAUGAAAUGGAGAAAAGAUGCGAAAGAAGGAACAAUUGUAGCUGGAGGAAAUGGUCAAGGAAGAAAUCUAAAUCAAUUAUUUGGACCUCGAGGAGUAAUUGUUGAUAAUUUAGGUCAAAUCUAUGUGGCAGAUAGUCAGAAUCAUCGAAUAAUGCGUUGGUGUGAAGGAAACGAAGAAGGUGAAAUUGUUGUUGGUGGAAAUGGUAAAGGAAAUCAAUCAAAUCAAUUGGAUUGUCCUACAGGUUUAUCUUUUGAUGAUGAAGGAAAUCUUUAUGUUGGUGAUCAUAAUAAUCAUCGAAUUGCAAAAUUUGAAACAAUCUUGUGA